UCGCUCGCUCGCUCGCUCUCUCUCUCUCUCUCUCUCUCCGUCCCCUCUUACGAUGAUGGGAUCGAGCUCCACGGAGGGAAGUAGAAGCAUGGGAAUCGAUCUCGACAAGCUCCCCAUCAAGCGACUGGAAUCCAUCGAUGAAUUUGGGAACGAGCAAUUCCCCCCCGAUAGGAGCAACGAGGAGCAGCGGCUGGCCCAGAUUCGGCGCAUCGACUUCUCUUCCGUGGUGGAGAAGGACGCGAAGAAGGCGAAGAAGACGAGCAGCUCCGCCUCAAAGGAGGCGCCGCAGGCUUGGCCUUGGCAGGGCCUGGUGGACAACCUCCACCUCGCCCACCAGGAGUUAUCCGUCAUCAUCGACCUCAUCAACACGGUUGAAGCAAAUGAUGCUGUAGCAGUUGCUGGAAUGCAAAGACCAAAGCAGUUGCCUAGUGAAGCUUUAGCAGAUCUUGCUGUGUCUGCAGCAACUAAACUUCACCGUCUUCGGAAUCUUGGAAGGUACUUCAGACAGUCAUCUAAAGCACUGGAGCAGCAGGUUUUACGGGAAGCCAGAUUCUAUGGUUCACUGAUCAGAUUGCAGCAGAAUUGGAAAGUGAAACGACAGCGGUUGGCGACAAGUGGUCCAGGCAGUGAGGGUUUCUCAUUUGAUCUACUCGACAGUAGUGCUCUGUCAGAUCUGGCUGCAAUAUCUCGCCCAUUAUCUAUGGCCACAGUCCGUAUUGAUCACGACUCUGCAGGCAAUUUAGCUAUACAAGUACCAAAAAAAUCAUGCCGUUCCUUAUCUGUGCAAUUUCUUGGGGCUGAUACCAGUUGCAAAAGAAGCUUCUUUAGUAAAGGGGAAGUAUAUAACUCAAGCGUGCUUGCUCAAGCGGCUAAGAGAGAAGCAUUGACUGAUGAAGAUGUCAAUAAAUGCGUAAAAGGAGCACAUUCAGUUCUUCGGGAAAUUCAUCGGUCAAUAUUUGAAGAGCAGGUUUUUGAUGUGUUGAACCUUGAGACAUAUAACCCAUCACAGGGUAUAAAUGUGACUGGGAUGCGAGAAGAUUUUUUACAGUUAGCAAUUGGUCAAGAGAAUUCCUUAUGUAUUUGUCUUGUACCCUCUGGCGGUGAAGAUGUCUCUCAGAUGAUCCUUACAGGGCAUACACAUAGUGAGGAAAGUGAAUUUUCAAGCUCUGAGCUUGCUGUCACUGAUGAGAAGCAUGAUCCUUUUAAGAAGAAAUUGUUGGAUGUUCCUAGUCCAAUAAGUUUAGAGACCUAUUUGCUAUAUAUUUUUCAUGAAUAUUUCCUGACAAGAGCAAAAGAAAGGCAUUAUCACGUCAAUCACCGUCCUCAGUUGUCUGGUCAGCCUCCUGGUAGCAGUUAUGCUUUGCUGGAUCAUUUCUGCAUGACAGUGGCUCAUAGGAUGUUUUCCAACAAAGUUCUCUCAGAGAUAGAACGGCUGGUGAGCAGGGUUCCUUAUCUUCACUUGAUAUCUCAAUUUACCUGGCAUUCUCGAACUUCAUCGUGGUCUCUGUGUCUGAAAGUUCCGGAGCCGUCCCUUCAUGCUGGUCGGAUAAGAAAGCUUUCAGACAAUCAGGAAGUGAACUGCAAAAUCAGGUCACAGUUCCACACAAAGGUGAUCCUGAAGGAUGACCAAAUUAGUGUGACUGGUGAAGGUUCUCCUAGUAUCGUUGGCUCAUUUAAUGGAAAUUAUUCUGAUUUAUGCUUGAUAAACUGUUUUGGUUGCGACUUGGAAGAUCUUCCAAUGAUUCUUCUGCAGCAGAUUGCUGGUCAGGUAAUCCAUUGGCUUCAUGAGGAAGCAUUGGUUGUUGGGAUGAAUGCAAGCAGAGAUUUCUUGUGUCUGUACUUUGAUUUGGACCAGGGUGACACGCUUGGCCUGGUUGCUCAUGUGGAUCCCGAUGAUGUCUAUGGCUGCAUUUCAUGGUGGGUGGUGCUGGAAAAUUGGUCAAUGGAGGAGGGAAAGCUUUCCACAGGCAAUGGCGAGUCAGAGAAUCGCAAGUUUUUGGGAUAUUUGUCUCUUGAAGCAUUAUAUUCCACAGUGAUGGAUCUUAUUAGCUUGUGUAGUGCUGGCGGCAAUCACUGAUGGCAAUCACUGAUGCUCUAUAUGCCAGUUGCUUUUACUGUCUGCGUUUCGAAUAUUUCAGUCAAGCCUCUUGUUUCUUUACUUUUGUGAUCUCUAUAUUUUGUAUUCAACUUGUGGAUCCAUGCAUGCUGUUGCUGAGUUAAAUACGUAUAGACAUGAUGAACCUCAAAAAGAUGCACGCUGCAGAUGGCUCUGUCUAUGAGCUGUCGGACGUCUUUGUCCUAUAUUUUCCUCUAUGAAAUGGUACUAUCUUGAGCUGCUUUGUUAUGACCUUCGACAUCUGAUAAUUGGGAUUGCAAAAUCUGCUAGUGGCAUAUUGUUAUGAAGGCAACACGAAUUAUGCUUGCUUCUCUCUUGAUCAGUCUUGAUUAGAACUGUUGAUCAGCUGAUAGGCCAUGUAUCGGUGGCACUAUACUCUGCGAAGCAAGAUGGCCAUCCUUUUCUGCGUUGAUAGCUCGGCUUGUCUUUCUUUUCACUUACUGGUUGGGCACAUCUAGUUCCUUUUGAUUUGUAACCUGUACCUACGCAGUCAAGUUGUAAUCUAUCAUCCAUAGUUAUAUGCUUACAAUACAAUAGCAUUUUAAGUUGAGUCAAA